AUGUCAUAUCAACUGUAUUAUGACACUCAGACCAUGACAAAGAACUCUAUGUUCUGCAUCACCAAGCAACAAGAUCUGAAUUCACAUGCUCCCUUUUUCCUUGGCGAUGUCGGGGAUGAUCCCCUCAAGAUACUUUUCGGUCGCACACGCAUGAUUGGGGGCCAUAACUCUGCAUCUUCGUACGCCCAGGCCCUCGAUCGUUUAGGCACUGCAAAGGAUAUCAAUGGUGUCUUCAGGCAUCAUCCAGAACUUGAUCCAGGCCACUGGCGCCUUAAAUUAAUGUGUCAGGAAGGUGUUGAUUAUAUUAACCAUGAUGUUUGGAAGGGCGAUAUCAUCUCUUGUCAAUGCGAUCUGCCCUUGGCAUGGCGCAAUGGUCGUGACACUGCCCUUGCCAUCCUAGCAACUUCACAGCUUGAUUCAGCCCAUUACUCAUUUGCAGAACACUUUAGCACGCCCGGGAUCGAUAUGCUGUGUCCAUUUGGAGAUAACAAGUACUUAGGGAUUGCUCUGGAUGAGCUUCAGGAUGCCAGUGAUGUACCCGAGCUCCCUCCUGCUAUUGCAGUUGUCCCCCCUUUGCAAUGCCUGGAAACAGUGUUGUCAUGUGAGGAUGGAGAUGAGAUUCACAACGUUAAUGCAGAGUUGGAGGGGGAGGAGGAUGAGGAGGACGAGGAGCUCAUGUUAACCUUCCAGGAGGCUCUGAUUGAUGAGUCAACUGAUGCCACUCCUUCUACUCAACCUUCUAGCAAGUUCUCAAUGAAUCCGUCAUCCCCUCCAUUGCCGCAAGGGUUUGGUAUUCGCCCAGACAACUACCUGCUGUAUAGUGGUCGUUGGAUCCAUAAACAGACCAUCUGCCGAUUAGUGAUCAACAAGGACUUUGUCUCAAAGUUGCUCAAUCAACUAGAACGUGUCCGCUCAGGCUUCACAAAAGUCAACAAAUGUAUUGACAUGUCUGCGGGGCCAAUCACCGACCGUAAUUUAUUCCUCAUUGGCAAUAUCUUCCUCACUAUCCUUCGCAGUAAUCACACACUUUCUAUCGGAGUCCUUCGGUCAACAGCAGUGAUGCUGAACGGUGUGUCUCACACAUCUAUUAACAUCACUGUCAUGAAAGCCUUGCAUACCACUGCAAAGAUCACCGGACAACUCCUCACCAUUAUUCCGACUGAUUCUGCUACACCUGAUGUUGCGCAGUAUUGCUUAUGGGACGGUGGAUAUGUCACUGCCCACUCAGUGAUUCCAGGGACCUCCAACUCGACAGAGCGUGUCGUCAUUGUGACUGUUCCAGGCACUCUUAUUGAACCUGUUAACCCUGAGAUGACAUUCAUUCGUCUAUGCGACGACAUUAAUAUGGAUGCAUUCUCACAAGUCAGUGGUGGGCAAAGUACCUGGCAAGUCUCUUGUGACGUGCUCCAAGCAGCAUGUGAUCUACUGUGGGCAAAAGCAGUCGAACUAAAGGUAUUAGUUAAGUCAAUUGCAUCUGUCACUCCAGUUGAUGUCAAAUCAUUCCCUUAUCAAUUUCCAGAUGGAACUCCAGCAGUCAUUUUUAUUGAGGCCAGCAGCCAACUCACAGCAUCCGAAGGCGAGCACAUUACAAUGUGUCCACUUUGCGACGCCAAGGUCCUCGACAUGCGGGAUCACAUAGGCCGCCAUAUAUUACACGCAAUGACCAACACUCCUGAGGAGCCGCCUUUGAAGCAAGACAUGAGAUCGAAGAACAAGCCCUGUCGCAACCUACCCCUCAAAUGCGAACUUUGUCACCCUGUACUCCCUCCCCAGCCCGGAAAGAGCACCCGAAAGGUUCCCAUGCUCCCUGUCGAAGCCGUAUGGCACUACAACAUGACGGCGCAUAUCUUGGGCCAGCACAAGGAAUUCGCCAUACCUGGACAUAGAGAGGUGGGGGUCCCAUUGCCAGUAAGCGUUUGGAGGGUGAUGAAACUUACAGAUCUUGAGCAGGGCGCUUCGCGCAUCCCGAAGGAUCGCUGGCAGCCCUCAUAUGGAAAUUUGUCUGAGCAGGACAAGGAGAAUGUACCUGUAGCAUCAGGAUCUCGUCCUAAACGUCCUGCCCUUGAGUCCGCUGGGUCUCUCCCCUGGGCCUCCAAACAAACACAUACAUCCCUCCAGCUUGGUUCGUUGGUUGUUUAG